AUGGCGCGGUCGACGCCGGACAGGUUGAGUGCCUUAACGUCGUCGGGGCCUCGGAAGAUGUCCAAUAAAAGCGAUUUCAACUCUCUGGUCCGUGAAUUAGAGUCAAAGUCUUCUCCGUUGAAUAAAAUAAGCGGCUUCGAACCUGGUAAGCUCUUAACAUUAGGAAAUGACGCUGCCGGGGUGAAGUUGGUGACGCCGAAUUCGAUCAUAUCCAAGAUGCGAAAGCCAAAUGUCCUCCCUAGGAUGAGGUUGUGUGGUCUCUUCUUGGUGUGGUUGACCAAGGCGAAUAGAGCGCAGUCAUUCAGUCGAGCGAGAUUUUCCAAAUGCACCUCCCCACCUGCUUCGAAAGGUAGCACUUCGUUCUUCCGUUGCAACUUUCUGCAGUACGGCUUCUUCAAAGCGUGGAUUUCGUUGAGAACAGCUGUGCAAACAGCGGACGUCGAGUGGCCCUUCAAUGCCAAAAGAGAUUUGGGGGUCUCUAUGACUUUCGGCAAGCGCGCGUCAAUGGCCCUUCUGCCCGCACCAGUCUUUGCCCGGUUCGCAGUAUGCGUCCCUUCGUAUUGCUUUACCAUGGCGACCAGACGGCUAGAGAGACAAGGAGUUAGGUUCGAGCUUAAUUGGAAUCCGAGGGUCUCUGGGGCAAGCAAAGGAACCAAUGCACGCUUGAGGGUUGGGCAAUCAGAUGGCGAUGCAGUGGUCAACCGCUCGUCAAGCGUUGCGGCAGGUGCACAUAAGCGUCGGCGGUGGCGUAACUUAUGA